CUGGCAGCACUGCUGGGCUGCACUGGUGGGUGGCACUGGUGGGCAGCACUGGUGGGUGGGCACAGGUGGGUGGCACUGGUAGGUGGGCACAGGUGGGUGGCACUUCUGGGCACAGGUAGGUGGCACUUCUGGGCACAGGUAGGUGGCACUGCAGAGUGGCACAGGUGGGCGGAGCUAGUGGGCGCACUGCUGGGCACUUGCGGGUGGCACUGCUGGGCACCG